AUGGCUCACGUCUCCUGGUGGUCCACCUCGCAUCCGCCUCGCCGCCCAACUGCUCUGACUCCGACUACUUGUACAAGUGAAGCGGCCCUCUCCUCCUCGCCCACCCUCCACUCCUUUGUCCGUUCAACCUCUUCUCUCGCACCUCUCUUCAUUCGCGCCAAGUAUGCCGACUGCCACCUUGACGCCUCCGUCACAGUCACUGCAGUCCCGCCUUCUCCGUCAUCCGCCUCAGACUCGGACGACAGCGAGGCAAACGGCAACAACAACACCGCCACCACCACCACCACCACCAUGAGCAAAGGCCGUGGUGAACGACGCUCCUCUUCCUCCACCACUACCACCACUACCACCAAAACGAUCGACUCCUCGCGCCAGAGCAAAACGACGACUUCCACCAGUAGUCCCGUCCAGAUCCCCCGUCAGUCCAGUCGCACCGGCACCAACCGCGAUAAGCACCAUGCCUCGCAACGCAGACGCGCAGUCCGCGAUGUGCACUCGCCCGAUGCCGUGUCCCCCUCUGUCGCUGCUCUCCUGGCCAUGACCGACAUCCCUCGCCACCGCCAAUCAUUCCGCCAAAAACGAAAGGCCGAACAGUCUCUGACCGUACAGGACAUUGUCCAGAACCAGCAUGUCUCCGAGAAGGAGUUAAGCCUGUCCCUAACAGGUAGCCCUCUCGAUUUGCUGCUAUCGCCGCCAGAGGAGUUUCCAGCUGAAGAUUACAUGAGUAUUUGUGAAAGCACGGAUGGCUUUUCAUUACGGCACACCCUUUCCUGCGACUCUGUUCCCUCGUUGGGCGAGAGCUACGCCACCGACGCGGCCUCUUCGUUUGAUCCAUCACCCUACUUUAGCCGGUCGCAACGCACGCGCAGCCCGGCACGAAAAUCUCUGGAACCCGUUCGCUCUCCUCCGCACAUCUUGAGUGAUGAGCACCCGCUAUCCGUCGGGGUAGAAGACGAUGAGCAUGACAUCGCGCUGAAACCCAUCGAGGAGCCUCCCAUGUCCAUCUUUAGCGAGCCCUUCAGGCCGCUCAAGGCCGCCUUCAAGUCCAACCUGACGGCGUCGCUGCGCGCCCUCCGAUCUGCCGCCAAGUCCUUCUCCAGCAUCAACUUUCCGACCAUUCCACCCGAUGACCUAAUUUCCCGGUCCAUCCUCACCAUUGACCCUAACGUCCCAUAUACCGACGAGCGGCGGCCUCCGGUCACUGAGGAGAUGCCCUCGGCCGAGCUGCGCCGCUAUCUCAACCCGACGACACGGCCGCUCGAGGCACAACCUCAGGACGGGCCGCCUCGCCCUCGCCUGGCGUCCAUUCAGAUGCAGACAUACAAGGUGCACCGCGCACGCGUCGCGCCCUCGCAGAGCCUUCCGUCAUCAGCCCUGCCACCUGCAGCAGCCAGCUCAACUGGUGCCGGCGGCGUCGGUAGUGGCAACAGCAGCCCCACCCCAAAAUCGGACCACGCGGCACAGCCCCAGCAACAGCAUCAAAAGGCCAUGCUACCCGCUGCCAUGCGACAGCGAGAAAUCCGCGAGAACCCCGACUUUAUCCGCAUCGCCGUCAUGGAAAUGGCCAUGCGCAGGCGCGGCAAGCUCGACGACCGCAAGCCAGGCCGCGCGCGCUGGGCCCUGCCCCCUCGCAAGGCACCCAUCAAGUCGACCGACGCUGAAGAGAUCGGGCCCAACGGAGUCCCGACCCGGUGGAUCCCCAUGACAUACGAGCAAUGA